AUGGGGUACAAGCCGACCGUUGAAUUGGCCGAAGACGCCGACAUUCAGAAGAACAACACCGACAAAAUCCUCGUCGAUAGCGAUGGAUGUGUGCAGAGGCUGCCGAUUCCCAGCGCAGACCCCAAUGAUCCGUUGAACUUUACGUUCUGGGAGAAAUUGGGGGUGGUGGUCAGUUGUUGCUGGUUUUCCUCAAUGUCGCUGUCCGUCGUCGGUGGAUUGGGUGCGAUUCUGGAUGUGUUCAUCCAGAUGUAUACGGCUGACGGGCGGAGUGUGAAUGAGGUGGUCUGGUUGUCCACAUUUCCAUCCCUAUUCGUGGGAAUUGGGAACUUCUUGAUUCUUCCUCUCGGAUUGGUGUACGGCCGUCGACUUGCAACUCUCCUGUCCACCGUCAUCCUCCUCGCUGCCACAAUAGGAUGUGCCGUGUCGAAUACCUGGGAGCAGCAUCUUGGACUGAGGAUCAUUCAAGGACUUGCAGCGGGUGCUACUGAGUCGGUCCUUCCUUUGAUACUGGCAGAGGUUACCUUCGUGCAUCAACAUGGCAUGGUAUAUGGGAUGUAUUGGGCUGCUCAGAAUGCCAUCACCGGUGUUUUGAACCUAGCCAGUUCAUACGAGGUCGCGGCCCUUGGAUGGCGAUGGUACUACUGGGUCUUCACCAUAGCGAUCGGCGCUGGGUUGGUUAUUGUGGUCUUCGCGGGCUUCGAGACCGCAUAUCAUCGAGACUCACAGUUCUUGAACGGCAGAUUAGUGCUGACCGAUCAGUUCGGGGUGACUCGUAUACUAACCUCCAGCGAAACCCAGGAGUACCUCUCCCAAGGCGCUCACCAGAUCAACCCUCACGACAACAUCUCCAAACACUCCUACCUUCAUAUGCUCAAACCAUGGACCGCCCCAUACAACAACCAAUCCCUCCUAAAAGCGACACCCCAAACAUGGCUGCACAUCUGCGAAGCCUUCACCUCCCCUGGAAUCCUUUACGCUACGCUCCUCUCCUCCGUCGUCCUCGGCGCCUCCGUCGGCAUGUCCCUCUCCUACAACACCGUCCUGCAAUACAGCUACCACUGGGCCCCCGAAAACAUCGGCCUGAUCAACCUCGGCGGCGUCUUCGGCGGUCUCGGCGGAAUGCUCUACGCCGGUAUCUUCGGCGAUAGGUUCAUCCUAUACAUGGCUAAACGUUGCGGAGGUGUCCAUUCCCCUGAACAUCGUCUCCCGCUUCUCAUCUUCCCUGGCAUUCUGUGCAUUCUGUCCUUAUUGCUGUACGGCUUCACAGCUGAAGGCGGCCCCUCGCUCACAUGGGGUGGUCCCUACAUGGCCUGGACGUUGUAUCAGAUUGCGUUCGUGUCGGUGCUGAUCCUCUCGACGUCUUUUGCGGCUGAGGCGUGGGAGAAAAAUCCUGGUCCUGCGCUGGUGGCUGUUGUGGGGACGAAGAACAUCGUGGCGUUUGGUUUGAGUUAUGGGAUUAAUCCUAUGGUCGAGAAGUACUCGUAUCCUGUUGCGUAUGGUGUGCUUGCUGCAGUUGUGGGUGGUAUUUUUGUGCUGGGGGUGCCGGUUUAUAUUUGGAAUCCGAGGUGGCGACGAUACAUGGAAAGGAAGGAAUGAUUUGACGAUUCGAUUGAAUAUUAUUGCAACCUGGUGCUUUGACUUGUAGCAUGGUCUGGGUAUAUACUGGGGCUGAUCGGGCUAUCUAAAGAAGUAUCAUACUUUACCUACUUGCUUCUUAAAGGAUUAUUGCUCUCGAAAGACCCAGGCUAGAUUGCCG